AAUUGUCUUCCAUUGUUUAUACUGCGAUUAACUUGAUGCUUUUAAUUUUACGAAACCCUAUUGAAACGGCUCUAAAUAAAAAAAGCCUUUCCUUAGGAUAUGGUGCAGUAUAUUGAACUUUUUUUUUCAGACCUGUAACUGGCUCUUCCCCAGUUGUCUCUCACCUACCCGAAGUGGUGCGCAGGGUUAGAUGGGAAGGAGGAAAGUGAGUGAGAGAAAGACUUCUUCUCGUUCUUUCCAUCACCCACUGCUCACUGCAUGCGCGUUUCGAAGACGACUGGGAACGAGUCAGGACUGCAAUUUUUUUUUUAAUCAGCUCCACAUACAAUUAUUCUUUCAUGAAAGAUAUUCGUUUGCAUUUCUCUAAAAUAUCGCCACAGUAUCUGCACUCUUACCCUUUAAAUUUUCAGGCGCAAUACCGUCUAGGAUCUUGUCUCUCCGCAUGCAAAAGAUACAGUGAAGCUUUGGAGCCCUUCUCAAGAUCUCUACAGCUGCUACUAAACAAUCCCUCAAGUACAGAGCAUGAUAAAGUGGAUACCUUAAAUCAAGUUUUGUCGGUCGCAUUGAAACAUCCAGGUACAUCUACCUUCAUCAGCUUCAUUCAUAUAAAUGCAAAACAAUAUUUUAAGGAACAGAGAUACCAUUAAUGGUUAUAUGUUUGCAAAACUAGAAAAAAAUCUGGCAAAGUAACAAUUUUUCGCUACUUCUUUAUAUACUAGGUCAUGAAUGAGAAAAUGAAAAGUUGACACUAACACGAAGCUGAAUUGAAUUUGUUAUUAGUGUAUUUAUAUGAAACUUGCAAAAGACCAAAAUCAUACGUCCACAAAUUCUUAGAAAACAUAGCGCUCGUUUUCCUGUUCUCAACAUUCUGUUACCCGUUCGUUUUGCAGCCAGAUAGGUAACAUAUUUCAAAAAUUCAUACGCUAGUUUCAUAUCACACUGAUAUCAAGUAUUUAAUUUAGAUGGCACGUGUGGCAUCCAAUACGACGUCCCUCGAAACCUAAUUCAAACGGCAGUCGACAAGGCUGUGGCUGAAAAAGACUGGCAACGACUUCAUCUUCUCUUUGUGGGCGGUGGAGGAGCAAAACGUUUUCGGAAAGGAUCAGGGGGCCUGGGAACUGGCUGCGACGCAAGUAGUGUUCCGUUAGAAGAAAUCAUUCACUGCGAUUUCAAAGAUCUUACAGAAUUUAUAAGCGCCUUAUUGGAUCACAAAGCGAGCGGUGAUCCUCCAAAGGGGCGAGAAAAUCCAGUCGAUGUCGCCAUUCAAUUGGACAAAUUUGAUGUUGUAAAUGUUCUGAUGGACAGAUGUAAAAAGACAGAGCCGUCCCAAGAAACAACCAGCACAAGUAAAGCCCAUAAGGUAUGAAUACAGGGCGCGACGUUUUUCUGUCAAUCAUAUAACGUUCCCUGCAACUGUUAAUAAAACGCCAAAAAAAAGAAUGGAAAAACUUUUUAAGUUAGAAGCCUUCCUUAAGCAAAAACUGAGCACUCUCAAAGGGUAUGGAACUUUUUUCCGUGCUUUUCUUCUGGUUCCGGCAGGUAGGUAAGUGAAAAACAGCGAAUCACUAAUGGACAGGUCGUAGGAAACGGCUUCCACGGUUUUUUGGCUAAACAUGUACAAUCACUUUAAACGUACACCGCCAUAGGACGGCUAACCCCCUAACACCUACACUUAGAGGUGGUCUCUGCCAAUUUCUGGCUUGAAAAUUGAAUAGACUCCUUCUCGCCUUUAAAUUUUCUUUUUCCAUUUCAGACCACGUGAUGUUACCUCCAGAAAACAUUUCACAUUAUUAAUAUUACAUACAAGCUGAAAAGGUCUAUUGACUCUUUAUUGGACGGAAAUUUUUUACCACCGAAACAAAGUGCCGUGUCCAGAAGGCGUCCGUCUUCUAGAGACCUGACUUUAUAUGAUUUAAGAUACGGCGUUACACCAGGAUUUUCGAAGACCUCCUCCAUAGAUUUUUGUCCUUGUUUUCAUUUUGUUUCCUUUCCAGGGAACGUUUAAAUCUGAAGCUCUUGAAGCAAUAAGGAAACGUGACAACAAAAAGGCAAUCCAACUGUUGCAACUAUCUUUGAAACAUGAGAAAAGCAACGUUGAAGAACAACGCAAAACACUUAAACAUUUGUGCGAGUUGUACUUUGGAGAAACCUCCUUUCAAGAAUGUCUCGCGACGGGACAGAAGUUGAAGGCUACUUACCGGGGAGAGAAGGGGAAGGAUAAUGAUUCCUUCAGGGUAAGUUUGUUAUAUAAUUGAUGAUAAAACAGGUAUGCCACUUACUGGCCUUAGAAUUCCUGUUUAUCAAAGUUUUCUAUAAUCAUCACCAUCGCCACUUCCGUCACAACCAUCAUCGUCUUCGUCAUCAUAAUCAUCAUCACCACCUUUAUAAUUGUCAUCGUCAUUAUCAUCACCAUAAUCAUUAUCAUUCUAUUACCACCAUCAUUUUACACCUCUAUUAUUCACCUAGUACUGAGCCUUAUUUACAUAAACCUGUUAUUCUUUGGACUCUUUUUGUCUCUUACUAGAUUGAACUGGCUAACCAGUGGAAGAAAUGGGGCAACGAGCUUCACAAGGAAAGCAAAUACGAGUUAAUGGCUCAGUUCUACAGUCUUGCUCUGGAGUUCACACCGCUAUCAAACAAGGAGAUGUUGACAGCUCUCCUCUGUAACCGAUGUUUGGCGUUCAUUAAGUUGAAAACGUUCAAGGAAGCUUUAGCAGACGCCGAAAAAUGCAUUAAAAUUAGGCCUGAUUGGUUCAGGGUGAGUCGCUAUUUUUGCUUUGUACUCCUAACCAAUAUUGCAAGACGUUUUCACGUGUCGGCAACGCAAGAGUUAGACAAAAUGCUAACGAAUAUCAAAGACCAUGACAUAAGAGAGAAGAGGAAGAUGUUUCUUUUAGGUACAAUUAUUUCGCAGGGUGUAUUCUUGCGUUCAUUAGAUAGAAAUGCUAUUGGGUGAAUCUGUACACCUGCUUCCCAUACUACUUACGUGCAUAUAGAGUAUAUUGUUAUCUAUUCCCUUUUCCGUCAGGGACAUUCGCGCCAGGGAACCUGCCUGUGUCACCUAAAACGAAAGAAAGAAGCUCUUGAAGCUUUCUGUAAAGCACACACCUGCGCUUUAAAUGAGAAAGAAGAGAAUGCCACUGCCUGUGACGUAAUAUCCACCGCUAUGGAAGUAGACGGUUAGUGAUCUGUUUUGAACCGUCAUCAAAAAAGCAACGCAAGGGGCUGCUUGCUUGAUAACGAUGCUAUGACAACCGUUCAAGCCCAGUGGAAUACAUUUGGAUGUCGAUUGACAUAAAUCUAAUGGUCUUAAAUUUCGGCUUUCGGCUCUGUACAUGUGUUACUGAACGAUUCGUGGCCAUAUUCGAUUGACUUAGUAAGUUUAGUAGCUUAAGUAGGUAAACGUGUUUGAAAAAAGCUGCGUUAAAAAUUGCCCCAACAGCCCCGGCCGACCCAUUUAGAUACGACAACCGUGAAACUGUCGUUAUAUUAUCCUUAGUUAUAAACCUCGAAUAUUGGACCAGCUCUUGCGUCAACCCACUUAUGGCCUCUCGUUUGACUUGCGAACAAAUUUUACUAUUCGAACAGGAGUCAUGAUUUGUCCCGUUUUUGUCACCGGAUUAAAAAGAAAAACACCAGCGCAAUGUUGUGUCUGCUUAGUGACUACUGUAUUUUAUUUAGGUGACAAGAUGGAUUGGUUAUGAUGAAACCUUUGGAUACUCAUAAGCCACCUCACCUUUCCCUGUUGCCUAAUUGUAAUUGGCAGAAGCGACCCUCGAAAAGAACAGACAAAUAUGGGAAAGUGACCACAUGUUUUUACUUUUCUGCAGGUGGAGAAAACCAGAUUACGUGCAACCUUUCUCUCAGGAGUCUGCAAUAUCUGGUAAAAGAGGCAACCGUUAAGAAUGAGUGGAAAAAACUAAGAUUUAUGUAUCUUGGUUCAGCAGCUAGUAAGGCAGCCAGAGGAGUAUGUUUUGAAUGUGACGCCUCACGUGUGCCUUUAGAUCUCCUCAUUGAGUCAAAUGUGGAAGAAUUACACAAUCUUGUUUCUCUUCUCCUGCGGCGGGGUGCCUUGCCAAAUGGUUUGAAAGAAUGUAAAAGACCUCCUUUGUUGGUUGCAAUGGAAAUGAGGAAAUUUCCUUUAGCUGUGAUUUUGUUAAGAAACCAAGCUGACCCUUCGUGCAUUGUUGGACAUGGAAUAUUCAUAAAUAAAGAGGUACUUAAAAUAGAACGAAAUAUUUUAUGUCCUCCCAAAUGUGUAACAUGCGCAAGCUCAAGCGCACAACUAAUUAACCAUUCAAUCCUGAUUAUAAUGCACAACAAGGAGCUUUACAGGGACCGAGGGUUUGAAACACUUCAGGGACAAUAAUGCAGAUUCUUCUCUUGUAGGGUCAACCAAAGCAGUGGCUACAUCUUGGUCGCAAAGCCGCUGAGAGCAGCAACCAUAAAAAGGCAGUCAUGCUCCUCAACAUGUGCAUUCAUCUCUCUGAUCCUGGCCAAGAUCUGUCAAUAUUGACAGCGGCGUACCAGGCUCUGGCAGAGGUCUUCUUCAAGCUGGAGGAGCAUGAACAGUCUAUCAACGCUGGAAAGGAAUGCUUUAAAUUGCGACCACAUAAAUCAGAGGUAUUUUAAAUUUUUGUUGAGAGAAGUCUUUGAAAUGCAUAUGCGUUAUUUGACCAAGCUUGAUGUCAAGCGUGAGGCCAAAAACAGAACAUUUCCUUGCGGGACAAACACGAGAAAUUCCUCUCAGAAAGCAAAAAAAAAAAGAAACCGUUGGGAUCCGCUUUCGAUUUUGUACCGCAUGUUAGUUCCGAUAGUCAGCAUGCAGACGUUUCCUAUUUUACUCUUUUUAUGGAUAAGAGAAACUGUAAAGUUCUGCGCUUCGACCAAAUAAACAAAUGCACUUUUAUACUAACUUAGGAGAAUUAUUGACAUCAAUAAUAAGAAAGAUAACUAUGGCAACAACGAAACAAAUAACUAAUAUUCAAAACACAUUAACUUUUAUUUAAGGAUGAAGCCAAACACUGGCAAUUUCGUGCAUCCCACGUCUUCACGUUGGGUCAGUACAAGUCCUGUAUCGAGUGCGUCAAUUUGGCAUUGAAAUACACUCCUGCAGAGUGUAAAGGUAUCUUCUCUCGUCUGUUGAGUCAACGGUCUGAGGCUGAACAGCGGUUAGGUGAAUACACAAGUGGCUUGGAAGAUGCAAAAAGGGCCUCUAUGAUGACAGCAGAUAUGCUGGAGGUAAGCAAAGCUGAAUUUAAUUACCCAUUUUGCUGCAACUGUAAGUGGGACAUCUAUAAGAUCAGGAAGCCCUGAUCUAGCCCAUCUUGGUGGCUGGCAGAUUAAGUGAAGAAUAUGGGCUUCAGAGUGAGGCCAGUUACAAGACAAUUUGAUUUGCUGAAGCCCAGUUCAUUUCUUUCUAGGGAUAUCUAAAUCAGUAUCGUUGUCUUCGAGCACUUAACAGAAGAAGUGAGGCGAUGCAAGCCAUUAACGAGUGUUUAAAGCGAACGAUCGAUGAAACUCUCUUAAGCGACCUUAUGAACAAUGCACUUAACAUUGCAAGUGGCCUUGAAGGUAAAGUGAAAAUGUUUCUCUAGAUUGUGUAAUUGCCACAAUUUACCUUUAACACCAGUGUCAUUUAUGACUGAAGACACCGCCUGCCAACUUUUUUUAAACCUCCAGUUCUGUGGCUUGAUCUUUUUUAGAUCGUUGCUUUUUGAAUAAAGCAUUUAUGAAUGAAACGUGCCGAAAUUUUCAUACAAGGUAGCCAGCGUUUUUUUAGGAAUUAACUUUCACCUAUAAUGAACUUUUCCUGAUUUCUUCUCAGAAAGAACAUCAGCUCUCACAAACCCUAUCCCAAGAAACCUUCUCAUUAACAUGUUAAACGACGUAAUAAAAAAGAAAGACUGGCAUAAGCUUAAAAUCCUGUAUCUUGGAGGAGGAGGGCCUUCAUUUCUGCCAGUACGAGCUGGAGGCCUGGCAACUAACAUAAACACUGCCAAUGUUCCGCUGGGAGAAGUCAUUCAUCAUCAUGGCCUUGAGGAGCCCUUUCUAAUAUCAGUCCUCGUUGAGAAUGGUGCUUCAGUUAAUGUAAUUGAAGGAUCCGACCUCAUACCUUUGAACGAGGCCAUGGAAAAAGAGCAGUUACCUCUUGUGGAAACGCUAGUCCAGAACGGAGCAAACUGCUGUGCUGAAGACAGUGAGGGAGAACCAAUAAUUCACAAAGCCCUACGAAAAGGCCUGAUAAGUGGUAACUGUUCUGGUUGAACUUCUAUUUUGCUAGAAUACACACGCUUUUUAUAACUGGUCUAGUUUAUACGCUUUUUAGCCUAUACAGUAAGGUUAUUCAGUGACUACGUCAGUGACUACAAGGCUAUCAAAGCCAUGAAAACGGGUUCAAUUCUUCGUGGUUUGUCAAAACACAUGCAAGCCGAAUGAAACUACAAGAAUAAUAUCUUAGGGGACGUUCUGUACAGUAAGUACACUUAACUUCAUGGUAACUUCUCGUGCAAUGAUUAGCCAUCUCUCAAGGUAGAUAAUUAAACGCUUCUUUGAGCAUUAAUGUUCAUUUAGAUUUGUUUUUCCUUGGCAGGUGAUUUCGGAUUUCUAAAAUCAAUGCUAAAAUCCAAAAACCCUGAGAUAGAGAACGUUCGUAACGCCCGCGACGACACCCUUUAUCAUCUCGUUUGUGCAGGCCGUAGGCCCAACAAAAAGUCGUACGAUCGGAAGUGUGAUGCAAUACGAUUACUUCGAGCAGCAAAUGUAAAUCCGAACCUCCCCAACAAGAGGGGUCUUCGCCCAGUUGAAAUGGUUACUGAGAAGGAUCCUCGCUGGAGGAUGAUAAGUACCUCGAUAGAAUCUUACAACUCUAAAGCUCCUGCUCCUUCCUCCCCCGAAACACAUCCUCAGAAUGCAUUUCAGGAAGAACAGGACAAAGCUAAAACCGUAGGAACUACUGAAGACGAUGACUGGUCUGUUGCUAGUGAGCCUGAGGUGAACCAAGAAGAGGAAUCUUCAGUACCCACAAAGGUCAACGAAAGUAGUAAGCCUGAUGAUAAACAAAAACGCAGGAUACAACUUCGGCAAAACAUUGAUUUCUUAAUAGAAAGUUUAUCUCCUCUCGUGUCCGUUCCAACAGUAGAAACUGAAGAACAAGAAGACAAUGAUAUUCUCGAUGAGUCUGCUCCAAUUCCUGACCUGACAGCAAAUGAGACGCCAAAAGACCAUACUUUUGAAGCAUCUGCUACAAGCGACUACAGACAAACUGAUGCCACCGAGCAAGAGAUCACACAUGACGAAGUGGAGGUUGAAAUUGACUUCAAAACCCCUUUUGAAGACCUUCCUUGGGAAGUCGACUGUACUGAUCGAGUGUGGAAAGUAAUGCGAAGCAAAAAGGUCGAUAACAAUAUGCGAAAACGCAUCAUAGAAAAAGUUCAGAUGUUAGCAAAUGGAAGAUGGAGCAAGACACUUUGCAAAAGGCUCGAAGGAGAGCCAAAGAAACAUGGCAUCCAUCUUUAUGAGUCAAAGUUGACCAAAGGUCAGAGAAUACUGUGGGAAGAAACUGUCGCCUUUUCCGGUAGACUCAGUGACCUACCCGAGAACCGUUUGAGAGAAGAAACUUCUGAAGGUCGAAUCUACUCGGAUAUCAUUCGUGUUUGGGACAUUGUGUUGGACCAUGACAAACUUCAACGUUCAAUUGACCACAUCGUCAAGUCACAUGAUCGAGGAAUGCAUUGUCUAAUCAAAAAGAAAUUGAAAGGACUACCGGCGGAAUCUCAAAAUGCCAACACUCCAUCAGGAGAGCGCUUGCCCAACAAGUACGUGGAUCCGAACAUCCCAGCCGAGUCAAUCAAUAAAAAGAACAUUCCGAAGAAAACACACCCAAGUGAAAAUUUAUCUCAAAUGUUCUUCCCACCUGCAAGCGCAAAUGAACAGGAAUACCAUAUUCUCAAGUUCUACUCGUUUAACACACCCUUGGUGAGAACAGUUCUAGAAAGUGAUACGUCUACAAAGGUUGAUUUCCCUUUCAAGAUCACAGAGCUAGAACAUGCCAUUGUCAACCUCCAUCCGAACCCUCAAACUCCCAUCAUUCUCCUCGGUCGUAGUGGCACCGGUAAAACCACCUGCUGUCUUUACCGCUUAUGGGAUAAUUUUCAAAGGUACUGGGAAAGGGCAGCCACGGCUGGGCCCCACAUUCCACAAUAUGUCCGUCCUGUUGAGGCCUAUGGAAGCGACAGCAAAAUAGAAUCCCCAACGAGUUCAACCGAUCAGGAUGGAUGUGGCAUAGACAGUCGACCACUGGCUACAAAAUGUAAUGAAUAUGAAGACUGCCAAGAUUUAGAAAAAUCUGACGUGUGCAGCAGUUCAUGUUUUCAACAUUCUGAACAAGGCUUGCAAUGUGAAGAUGAUGUUCCUGGAAAUUCAAAUGGUCCUUGCAUGUACGAGCAUUUGCACCAGAUAUUUAUUACCAAGAAUACUGUCCUCUGCAGCGAAGUAGAAAAAAAUUUUAAAGACCUCUGUCGAGCGUGUCCGGCUGCGGAGCAGCGUCUGCAAUUUGAAGACCGACCUACCCCCAAAAAGAUUCAAGAUGUUGCUGAGGAGGAGUGGCCACUCUUUCUGAAUUCUAAAGAUUGGCUUUUGAUUCUGGAUGCUUCUCUUCCAGGUGAAACAUUCUUCAAGCGUGCAGAGGAUGGAACCUUAGAACGAAAAAUUGAGGGAUGGGGAGAGGAGGACAAUCAUUUACAGUCCAUUCCAGCUUUUCAAUCAGAUGGAGAAAGUGACGAAGAGGAAGACGAAGAAAUUACAGAAAUAGAGGAUGAUAAUAAAAGAGCAAAAGAUAAAGGAAAAGGUCCCAAAGAAAACAGAGAUCCAAGAAGAGAAAUUACUUAUCAUGUUUUUCAACAUGAAAUUUGGCCCAAGAUGAAGAAAACCUCAAAAGAAAAAGUCGAAUACCAUCCGACUUUGGUUUGGACAGAAAUAAGAUCAUUUAUAAAAGGUUCCGCUGAAGCCCUGAUGACUGAAAAUGGAUUCCUCUCACUCGAAGAUUACGAGUCUCUUGGUAAAAAAAAGGCAUCAAACUUUUCCGCUGAUAGAAAAGUGGUGUACGACCUUUUUGUUGUGUACCAGCAACAGCGUUUGCGAGAUCGGAUGUUUGAUGAAGCUGAUCUAGUGUUUAACAUUCAUCGACGUCUUCAAAGUAACCCUGUACCCGAGUGGUCAAUUCACCAAUUUUAUGUGGAUGAAACACAGGACUUCACCCAAGCCGAGUUGUCCCUAUUAAUACGCUGCUGUCGCUUUCCAAAUCAGCUGUUCUUCACUGGUGACACUGCUCAAAGUAUCAUGAGAGGGAUUGCGUUCCGCUUUGAUGACCUAAAAACUUUGUUCCACCACGCAAAGAAAGCGGCCGCUAUUAAAGAGGGGCAUCACAAUUUUAUCCGUGUACCAAAGAAGCUCUAUCAACUAACACACAACUAUCGAUCACACGCGGGUAUUCUUCGCCUGGCCUCAAGUGUCGUAGAUUUGUUGGUCAAUUACUUUCCAAAUUCAUUUGACCGGCUAAAAAAAGACGAAGGUUUGUUUGAGGGACCUAAACCGGUGCUAUUAGAAGCUUGCACUCCUACGGACCUCGCCCUGAUUCUUCAAGGAAAUCAGCGACAGUCGUCCAGAAUUGAAUUUGGAGCUCACCAGGUAGUUCUUGUGGUUUCUAAUGAGGCCAGAGAGGCAAUGCCAGAUGAGCUUAAGCAGGGGCUAGUGAUGACUAUCUAUGAAGCCAAGGGACUGGAGUUUGACGACGUCUUGAUUUACAAUUUCUUCAAAGAUUCUCAGGUAAGAGAGGUACAGUUCUUCCAUUACUUAGGGAUAAUAAACGUGUGAAGUAAAAGGAUAUUACUUGUGAGUGAACUACCAAACUCGUCAGCUUAUUGCAAAUAGGGGUUAUCUACAAAUUACAAGUUAAUGUUAAUAUGAAUGAAUACUGCGUGCAAAAAUGUUACGAGAAGGACGACAUACAUAUAAAGGUAUUUUGUUGCAACAAAGGGACUAACAAAGUAAUGUUCGAUGACGGAUCCAGUUUUGAAUGCAGCUUCAUCAUAUAAUGGGUAUUAUGGACUCGCAGGGAGCAGGGAUGGUAAAAGCUCCCUCAAAUGUAUUCUGGGUUCUAGUCCCAGUGCCCCCGCCCUAACUGGGUUGAGUUUAUUGAGGUACGUUUUUUUGUUCCGCAGGUUUUUCUCCGGGCAUCCGCUUUCCCCCUCUUCUCAAAGACUAACUUUCCUUUCCGGUAGUGGAAAGCAUGUCCAACUAUUUGAGGUCAUUUCAACGGCCACUGCUUUGUCAGUCAUUUUCUCUAAAAUAGUUUUUUUUAUCAUACUAGGCUGGAAAAGAAUGGAGAGUUGUCACAAGUUUUGUGGAGCAACAAAACAAGGCCGACGCCUCUAGUUCAACUGGGCUGACAGAGAUAACUGAGGAAAGCGUUCAGAUGAAACACUCGCGUCCCCUUGAAUUCAAUUCUGAAAAGCACAAGGUCUUAAUUUCUGAGUUCAAGUAUCUGUACACUGCAAUUACUCGAGCGAGGGUGAACGUUUGGUUCUUCGAUGAAGACGAGGAAGCUCGUGCACCGAUGUUCGAAUAUUUCUGCAGACUGAAGCUGGUUAAUGUGGUGACGUUAGAAGAUCAGGGCAAGGGGACAGGUCAACUGGCUAGCAUGUUUGCUGUUAAGUCAACACCAGAAGAAUGGCGAAAAGGAGGAAUGCGCUUCUACAAGAAGAGAUUGUGGGUAGCAGCGAUACAGUGUUUCACAUUUGCUGGCGAUAAGUUAAUGCUCCAGAAAAGUCAAGCACAACAGCAGGCAGCAGAGGCCAUCAAGUUCCGUUCCACAAACCGCCAAAUGAUGCGAGACGAGUUCCUGCGUGCUGGUGAAAGCUUCCUGCAAUGUGAAAUGUAUGAUGAAGCUGCGAUUUGCCUGAACAAUGCACGAGAAUGGACUCUUUUGGCCAAGCUUUACGAAAAAACGGGGAAGGUAAGUAUGGAGUGAUAUGCCUAUGCAGACGUUGUGGCAAGCUCAAUUUGUGGCUUAAAACACUGUACUUGAAGACGGCAUGCGUAUGUCUACUUUGCGUACUUGAAUACUGGUACUCUAGGAGCAGCAUGGAAAUGUAUUUGCCUUAAAUAUAUUUAAUCUGAAUGGGCAAUAAAAUAAAGCUGACAAACCAAUACUGCCUGCCAAUGUUAUUAUUGAAACUCUGUUGGAGAAAUUUGAUCGCUAAUAUUUACUAUGCUCUCGUUUUCUUGAUUUCUAGUAUCAAGAUGCUGCUCGACUCUUCAAAAAGAAAGGAUUGUAUCAAGAAGCAAGCAGAUGCUUUGAAUCGCAGAACAACUACCGUGAUGCCGUCGAAACCUUGUGUUUGGCAGGCUGUAUUGAGGAAGCUUUAAACGCCAUGGAGCGUUUCAAAAUCCUCUCUUCAAGUGUUGAUUCGGAGGGGAGACAAGGAAUUAUUCCACCCAAAACUACUCGUACUGUGGAAAGGAUGCGUCAUCAACUGGCUGACAAGCAUUUUAAGGAAGGAAACAAGGAAAAAAUGGAGGAAGUUCUUCGACAUCUUCCAUCUACCACCGACCGCAUUACAUUCUUGAAGAGACGUGGGUGUGUAAUUGAGGCAGCUAGAGUAAUGGGAGAAGAAGGAAAGAGAGAUGAAGCUGCGUCUCUUUUGAGAGACGAAGGAAUGUUUGAGGAAGCAAUCAAGUAUUCAAGUCAUUCUAAGUUUACCGCUGACUGUCUCCUAUCACAAGCUCGAACAACAAAGAAUAAAAUAGAUAUCCCGGGGAUUCUUAAAAAGGCUCUAGCGAAGUAUGAAGAAUGUACAGACCUCACAGGCCAGGCGGAGGUAUUGCUAAUGCUGGGUCAACAAUCAAGCGAGGUUGAAAAGAUACAAAAAGCUGGAAGAUUGUUUGAGAAGUGCAAAAAUUACUGCGGGGAAGUAGAGAGUUUAACACAACUGCUUAAGACAACAUGUUUCUCGCCACCAGAGAGCUUUAGUCAGUGGAUCAUUGUAAGGGCUUUAGAGAGACUUCUACGUCUUAUCACUCUCUUGUACAAGCCUAUCAAGCAGCGUUCAUUGCGGGAGCGUAGUGAAGUGGAAAAGUGCGAGGAGCACUUUGGACUUUUCAGAACUGAAACUGAACGACAAAAGGCAUAUUUUUGCAAACAAGGUGGGAGAUUCUCCGACGUGGAUCCUGACUUUGUCCAGCGCUAUGCUUCUAAAAGUAAGGCGGUAAUUGACACAGCUGAGGCCCACCUGAAGAUUGGUCGGUUCCUGAUAAAUUCAUCCUUAAACCUCAUAUGUAUGAUUCAAAAGAUGUUGGAAAACACUUUUGCUAAAAGUUCUCUGUGCAAGACGUUAGGCGAGGGCGUUUUUUGUGGCGAUUCAAGUUGUACCAAUCAGCACGAAGAUUCAGAAGAACGUUUUAAUAAACGUUUUCAUGCCUUGUUCAACUUCAUGUAUCUUGAAUCAGUUGUUGAGAGAAGCAUUUCAGAGAUGACUGCUAACAAGAUUGGAAAUGACAUUUCUCCGUUAAUUGACAGGGACUUCCAGCAAUUCUCUUCAUGUCAACGUUUUUAUACCUUUUUGUUUCCCCCCUCUGGCUGUCGCAGAUAUCACCUCACCUGGCCACUCGUUCGUAAUAUUAGGAUAACAAAAGCGGUGAACAGACGUAUUUUGCAGUUCGCAAACUUCUUAUGGAAGGAGACGUCCGAGGAAAAACGCCGUUCAGACACGAACAACUUCCUAAAAGUUUCAUCUUCUCUGCAGCUGAUUGGCUCUUCUUCGUUUAUGGUGAAAUGGAUUUGUGAAGAGGAGACCAAGUUUCAGACACAGGCAGGAAAGUCAAAAAAGCCGACUAUUUUUCAGUUAUCGAAGAAUGGAAUGGUUUUCAACAAGGACAAUGGUCGUUGCGAAAGCUAUCUUCAAUGGUGGGAGGACGGCAAGAAAAGGCUAUACGUGGACGGAGAUGUUGAAAACGCCGCCCACCUGAUUGUAAAACGUUUCCUUACCCUUACAGCGAAGCGGAGUGGUAUGAUCUAUCCUUCAAUUGCCAACACGUUGAUGAUUUUAGAGCACCAGCUAACUGCUUGUCUUGCACUAUACACCAGAUUGUGUACAACCCACCAAUUCCCAAUUUGUUUGCCAGGAAGCUAUUUGACCAUGGUAAGGCUCUGGGAUAACUUCAGACCAAGUGUCGACAAGGGCCCCUUUACCCUGUAUGAGGCAGUUGAGCAAAAUGUAAGACAAGAGAGAAAUAUACCAAGACUGCUUAACGCCAUUCGUUCACUUUUGAUCUACAUGGUGGAGUUGACAUGUGGUGAGGUGGCUUCACCGUUUGACGUUUUGGGAGACGCCCUGAGUUCUGACGAAACCCCUACAUACAGCACUUCUGGAGAAUCUGAAAGGACCCUGGUACUCUUCCUUACCAUGCUUUGCAAUUGUGGAAAAGGAAUUUCUCCUUCCGUAGAGGGCAUCAUACUGGGAAAAGUCCUCAAAAUCACGCCAAAUGCUUGCCUUCCAAACCGCUUAACGAACAUGCUAGGAGCAGUCCAAGAGGCCAAAGGGUACCGAGACGUCGUAAAAUCGUUGAGUGAAUUUUUACAGAGUCGGGGUGAGGUAUUUUAUGAUCUUCGUUGGCAUAACGGUAAGCUUUGGUUUGAUGGACCAGCCAAUCCGAGCAAUUACCCUCAAAGUUUUUAUAACGAUUUAUCCAAGAUACGUGAAGAAUUACGACAGGUGCAAGUACAAAAUCUCCAGUAUGGAGAAGCAGGUGACUCACACAAUGUUGGCUCAGACGUAGACCUUGAUGCGACUAUAGACAACAUGGAAGUGAAGUAUACAGACGCAGAAUUAAAAGAGAAAGAGCAUACUAGAAAAGAAGUAGCUGCCACGAAAGUCCAAAGGUGGUACAAAGGACUAAGGCAAGCAAAAGUUGAGCGAGCUACAAAACUAGCGAGGUUAAAAUCUAUGGAAGAACAAAUGGUGGUAACGAAUGCUGCUGAGGAACACUUUUUGAGGUUUAAAGUGGACUCGUCAGCUUGUGGAAUAUGUGGAACAAACUUCAAAUCAUCAACAGAUGAUCAUCCAGUAAUUAAUCAGGAGGAUCAUGAAGGUGGAUCACUUUGAUUACUUAUUUCUGUUAUUCCUUGAAUCCACCCGCCUACCACUUUCUUGUCGGCCCACCUUUCCACUCUUCCUUCGUUCACCCAGCCUUUCGUUCACCCAUGCAGUCAUUCAUUAAUCUAUUCUGUCAUCCUUUAAUACCAUUAUUUGUUCUUCGACUCACUCAUUCACAUCUGUGCAUACUAUACACUUGUGAAUCUGUUCAUACGCUCUUAGCUCUCUAAAUUUUUGUUAACGUUUUCGUUUUAGGAGACACACCAAAUGAGGAGAUUGAGACGUUAGAAGCCCACGAAAAAACGUCGGCUCAUGCGAAAAAAGAAGAAGAAUUCCAGCUGUAUAAAGAGAUCUACUUAGUAGAGAUCCAUCCCUGUUUGAUGAAAGAAGAAGAGCUUCGAAAAAUGGCGGAGAAUAUUUCUUCAUCUGCUAACAUAGAUCUGGAUUUAGAGCGUCUGGAAACGCCUCUGUCUAUUGUAAAGAAAAGAGUGCAGUCUAUUGAGAAAUCACGGGACUGGGCAAACACCAGUUUGCUUCAAAGCGCAGUAAACGAACUAGAAGCUACACUGAAAGAAACAUCCAUACUGUUGGAGGAAGGUAUAUUUAGAAUACAGACAUUUUUAAUUUACUAUGAGAUUUGAGCGAAGACACAACUUAAUUGGGUUAGCUUACUAUUCUUGAUUAGGAGCUCUCGUGAUCGUUUUAUUUGUAUUUCCUUGUUGUAUUGUAUAUUGUAGAUUAAAGGACAACUGUCUUUAAGAUUUAUAGAGACGAUCUUCAGAACAACUAUGAAAAUAAUAAUGACAAUAAUAAUAAUAGAUAUCGUUAACUAGCGACCGUUUUUGCUAAAUUCAUGUGAUUAGCAAUUUAUUUUGAAGAAAGCUAGACGACCAACGUUAAGUAUCAGAAGCAUACAACCCUGCAAGUAUCCAUCCUCUUCUUUUAAUGUAUACCAAACAUCUCUUUUCCCUUAGCAAAGAACGAUUCUCUAACAGAUGUACCCAAGGAGGAAAUGGACACUGAAGAUCAAAACGAUGAAUUAGAGGAAGAAGGAGGAGAGAUCAUGGAUGUGUAUCAGGGUGUACCACGAAAAAAGCGUGAAAAGCCCCGGCCCUCCAAAAAGAAGCGAUGAAAUUCUGACGAUACCGCUUGUUUUUUAAGUACUUCGAGAUACGGUCAUUAGGUUAAACGUUCUAAUUAAAUUGAAAACCAUAGUGUUAUUUAAAGGAGCGACCUUCAGAUUACGAGUACUUCGAGAUCCAGUUGAAGUGAAUAUUUUAAAUGAAAAUCAGCCGGUGUUUUCCAACAACUCUCAUUAUUGAUAUUCUUGUCGCCGAGUAGUGAGUUGAGGGUCUUCAAUUCCUUUGCUCCCCUGAAAAAAGAUCGCUAGACUGUAUUAAAUAUAUUUACCGUUAUUGUCUUCAAUGGUUUAUACUAUGACAAACUUGAGAUACAGUUGUGAUACAAUUUUAUAAAGCAUUUUUAGGAUGAACAAGAGUGUAAUAAUUACUGAGACUACAUUUGUUAUAUCUGUAAGCCACGUGAUAUAGCUUAGUUGCACAGGUCAUUAAAUUGUUGAGUUGAAAACCAUCCGAUCUGUAUGAUGAUGUCAUGUGUUGGUUUUGAAGUAUACAAAUGUUCGGAGCCCCCCCUCCUAGCGCAACAUUUUUUUCAGAGCCCCCCCUUCGAGUGUCUAAAAAUUUUCGGAGCCCCCCCCUCAAUAUCUUCAUCUCCCCCCUUGUCAUAUUAAAUGAACUUUCCCUAACUAAAUGUCUUCACAUUUCUUAAUUAAUAAUUUUUCUUUAAAACUAAGAAAAAUGCGUAUGAUAUACCCAAGUGUUCUCGGUCGCCAUUCACUGUGACUGGACAAAAUAUACAGGAAAGUUGUUAUUUUUUUCGUUUGAAUUUGAAACUCAUUCAGCUUUUCAAACAGAACAUGGAGAAGAAGGAUCAUAAAGGAACUAUAGCUGUAAAAGCAAGCCAUCAAAAUGAAGAAAUAGUUGGUACCAAAUGGGCUGCAAAUACUCACGUUAUCGCGUUUCCUCCAAACAGGAAAGAACGAUGCGAUGUCCUCCUCUCGUUGAAACGGCGGCCGGCAAACGGCAAAGGCGGGAAAAGUCAGGUCACGAGACCCCCUGUGCCGUUCGCGAGAAAAAAUGCGCGGUGCUUAAUCUGAUGUAAACGAGCCCAGUUGUAAGAGAGGUUAUGCUUCACGUUCACGUCAAACGCGAAUUCAGUUGUACCACGUGGCCAAGUUUCCCCUUUCCUUGUCGUUUACCAGUGUUUACUGUUCAUUACUUCUACACAUAAAUUAGUAGUUUCUCGCAAUUUUUUAUCCAUAAGAAUAUGCUUCGAACCGUUUUUAUCUGCUCAUUUUCUAUUUUGAGAAAUUAAACUUGAAUCUGAUGUUUGCGGUUUGCCGUAUACGUGAAGUUUUCACUCUCUAGACUCUUUUUUUCAACGCCGGAUCGACAUUGGAUCGGCAUAAUAAAGGGUGCAGAAAAAAUGAUCUUUUUGAAGAAUUACAUAAAUCCGGAUUUUGUCCAAACUUUCCUUUGAGUGAAAAAAUUAUGAAAGCCCGGUUCAACUUCGCAUUUCAGAUGUGCCGAAUUUACAUGCGACUGUGGCAAAAACUUUGUGCUUUCUCAUUAGCCUGAAUUUCAGACAUAUCUUCGAGUCACUGUACUCACUAAGGGAGUAUGCGACCCGAAGAAAUAUCUGAAGUUCCGGUUACUCUCUCAUCAUUGGAGAGUUUUAGAUCCGAGUUUACCGCGAACCUCUAACCGCGGUUUGCGGUUACCCGUUUGCGGUUCGACAUUCAAACAUAAUUCGAUUUAGAUAGGCGGUGGAUUAAAGAAGUGGAUUCUGGUUUAUUUUUGCAUUUAGACAUAGAAGAAAUAUCAAUCAGUGAAAAUAAAAGAAAUUUACGUUAACACUGGGUUAUGUAGCAGCAAAGAGCUGUAAAUUCUUACAUUAGUUCUUCUUGCAAAUUUGCGGCCGCCAUUUUGAAUCAGAAGCCGUGAAUGGCACUUGUUUUCAAGAUCCAAUAUGAUUUAUCAAAUUUAGCAUUUCGCCCGAAUUUGUGCCUCUCUUAAUGGAUAAAGACUUGCUCCACAAGAUUUUUGUAUCAUUACGUGGGAUAAAACAAGAAUUAUACGCUAAAAGCUUUCAGGUAAAUGACAUACGUGAAAACCUACCUCCCCACGUUGAAAACGCACGUCGUAAACCUCAAACGUGACGCGAACGACUUGUCACGUGACCUCCAGGGGUUUGAGGUUCGCGGUAAACUCGGAUCUAAAACUCUCUAUUUGCUUUAGAUUCCGCAAAUGUGAACCGCGACGUUUGAACAGGGCCUAAAUUUAUGGGCAAUUACAUAUUCUGUGAACAAAAACACCACCCUAAAGGCUUGGUGAUCACAAAACCCUCUGAUCUUCCAAGACAUAUCUUACGUGACUAUGGUGAAUUUUCUAGAAGUGAGCCUGGUUAUCUCUAGCUUAGGAUGUAAAAUUUUGCCUAAGCACAGAAUUUAACUUCAUUGAUAUUGCUGGGUUCUUGGUUUUGACUGAGUAUUCUCACGCUUUUUACAAAAUAGAUAAAUGGAGAUAAUAAUUUAGCGUUUUGCAUUUCCCUCCCGCUUCCCGCCCCCCCUUUCCCCCGACAACACCUCCAGCCUCCUAUUUUCGCGGCUCUCGCUCACCUCUCGCCUGCUUAGCUGGCGUUUUUUGGUGUGUUUCGCAAGUAAGCGAACAUCCGCGCAAGGUCGAAACAGAAAACGAUGGGGAUGGGGGGAACCAUUCUCUCCACGCCCCCUCUCCCAUCGUUUUCUGUUUCGACCAUUCGCGCGGCUGUAUCGCUUACUUUGCGAACCACAGAACGAAGAGGAAACACAAAAAACCGCCAGAUACGCAGGCUAGCCCACCCCGUCUGGGUUGUCAUUUGUCAAUAAGAACCUGGGGCGCGAUCCAUUCAACUAACAGUCAGACCGGUCCGACCGGGAAAAGAGGACCACCUCAAAAGGUGGACCUGUUUUUUCGAAACUUUUCCGGUUGGACCGAACCGAUCCAUUGAGUUUUGGACCGAAAUUUCCGGAAAUUUUGGUUGAAUGGAUCGCGCCCCUGGAGUCCCUAAACGUGUCAAACAGGCGCAGAUCCGCAAAUCCUCCUAUCGCUGCUCACGUGACUAACGUGACUAGCCGACGAUGUGACGACCUUUCGCGCCAUACAUGUGCUUUAUGACAAUAGUGUACGGUGAGGCUUCUUCCGCUGGAGACGUGCAACAGAGAAUUCCAAGAAAGAUCGUUUUAAAGCAAGGUCGUUCUAAGUUGCUUGCUCCGGAAAUACCUCUGUUCUAAGCAACUUUGCUCUGAAGCGCCUGGCGCUUGCGAUUCAAAGAAGCGGUUGAAUGAUGAUGGCAGUGUUUGAAUGAAAAGUGUUUCAUGGAUCAUGUCCCAAUUCAUGUCCCAGGUUUUGCUUUUGUGUGUUGUCUUCGGUAGUUAAUCACGGAUGUAAAGCUUCUUUUGAAAGGUAAGAUUAUUUUGAAUAAAACGAAUUGGAAUCCCAAACGAUUUUAACUUUGUAUCAAGAAAGAAACGGACGUGAGAAGAUGACGUGAAUGUUUAGUGUGUGCGCAAGUAUAAACGUUUUAAGAUGUCUUGGAAAACACUCGAGGUAUAUCUGCUUAUCUAAUGUAAUGUAAGCUUAGUACGUUUAUUAAGUCUUAUAUGAUUCAGAAAAUCUUUAAGCUGAAUACUUUCACUUCUAUGUUGCAACACCUUCCUUAAGGGUCCUUUUUGUGUUAGUUUAGGACAUUCUGUGAACAACAGUAGCCAGAGAUAGCCAGAAUUUUCAUUGCUUAAUACUGGGUUGCAGUCUGUCUUAGUGAUUCAAGAUUCUUCCCAUAAAUUUUCUUAAGCUUAAUUUUUAAUAGAAACACCUGCGGAAUCUGAAGUGCAUGAAUCGUUGGUUCCUCUGAAAACAGAAAUGAUUGCAACGUAUUGAAGGGACAUAUCAGCUGUCGUGAAGCAGAAUUUAUAGUAAGCAUUUCAUAGUUGUCAUACGUAUAUUGAGUGACCUGUUUUUCUACUGAGUUUCUUUCCUGUUCUUGGCUCCCUGUUAGCUUGUGUACUGAAAAUUGUAUGUGUGACUUGGACAGUUUGUGGAGGUUUUAUUGCACCGAAAUUUGAAGUGUCACCACGUGGACUAGAUUGGCAUCAACUUUGAAGGUUUUUAAAACAUUAGUAUAACCUGUAAAGGACAAGCUCAAAUAGACAUUACGGGUGGAGUCAUCCCUGAGAAUUCAGCUCAAACAACUGUUUACACAAAGCUGGGCUGGUCUUUUCUCUGCGACAAAAUACAUUCACUACUCUUCUGAUGAUAUUAUCUUGAAGACUUUUUCUGGUGUGUACUCAAAAAAUACAUACAUGUAUGCAACUUUUUCUAUUCAGUUGUUAUGUUUGGUUUUAAAAUUCCUGUGCUUGGGAUUUGUCAAACUCAUUAAUUUUAAUUUAUAACUGCAGUAAAAUUUGGCUAUGUUGAACACUGGGAACAAUAUUUAAUCUGAUAUCCAGACAUCUUAUUUCAAAAAAUUGACAGACGUACCUUAAUUACUUAUUCAACUUACUGUUUGGUGUCAGAAUAUUAAUAUUAAAAGAUGACUCUGCAUCUGGUGUUAUCAAUGUGGAGAGUAUUACCUGAAAUUAAUGACAUGUAUUACUUAAACUUAUUCCAUAAAAUUUCCACAACCAUACACUGCCAUUGAAGAGCCCCCCCCCCAGUAAAAGUACCAUCUACAAAACAAAUCAUACAUCUGAUUAUAAUCCCCCAGCUAUAAGCUCCCCCCCCCCUUCCUACUUGAAUUCAGUCUACAGUAUGUUGUUUUGUUACCCACAGAAUGUUUGGUAAACACUGGAGGAGUUUAUAAUUUUAAUCAUUUAAGUCCUAAUAUUGACCGGAAUAAAAUUUCUUGACCUAACAAUAUCCAUACAUUGUGAAGAGAAAAGGUUAUGAGAAUUUUUAAAUUGAUCACCUUGGAAAAAAUGUUUUGAUCUUUCAUUACUUUCUCUUAACUAAUUAUUAAGAAAACUUAACAGUGGUUUCAUAACAAGCCGGUGACCACCAGAGCUCCGUUGGCUACUUUAUUAUAUGUGGCCGGCUACUCCCGAGCCCCCUAGCUUAAGGAACCUUGCUGCCCCUCGAUUGUCACAGCCACCUACUUUUUUCCAGGGUUGGCCACCUACUUCAAGACAUUUUGAAACCCCUGAAUCUAUAAAGAUCAGUCAGGAAAAUUUAUGUGUUGUAUAUUGGGGUUAAAAGGGUUUGCUGUUUUACAUGUACAUAAUUAUAAUAGUGAGCUUACGCAACAGGACUGGAGAGGAAAGAAGACGGCAAACCUUGUGUGACAAGUGUGACAAUAUUUUGUUUGAAAAAUGUUUCUGCCGAACUCCACUCUCCUUUCAACAGAUCUUUUUGUGAAAGACCAGGAAACAUUAACUUAGGUGAAGAUAAAUGCAAAACACAUACAUGUAAGAAAUAUAGGCGUGAAACAUUUGUCACACACAUGCGUGUUGCUGUCCUCUUCUUUCUGCCAUCCUGUUGCAUAAACUCACUAAUAUUGUAGUCUUUUAAUGUAGGAGUCUGAUGCAUGGAUCCUGUUGAGUGUAGCCAUCAAGGAUUAUUGGCCUAUAAAGAUGGAGCAUUGGAAGAUGCAAUUGUACUGUUUACCAGGGGAAUACAGCUUACUCCACCCUCCAGACCUAAGUUUGCAAGCAAGCUGUUGAAGGACAGGGCUGAUUGCUACUGGGACUUACAGCGUAAAGAUGAAGCAUGCAGUGAUAUGAAAAGAGCUCUUGAGUUAAAUCCUGGAAUAAAGGUACGAGACUUAAAACUGUUGAUACGUAUUUUUACCAGCCAGAGUUAAUUCCUGCAUUCUGUAGUGUAAAGCACCUACCAAAAGUAACUGACUGUUGUCAUUUCAGGAGUGUCUGUAGAGAUCUGUUUGUUCAAAGGCAUUUAUUUCUUGAGACAAGGGUCUUUGUGGACCCUUUUUCGUUGUUUAGCCUUGCAUAUUUCAAAACAGCAACUUUGCAGUAACUAAGCAUGUUCUUUUUGGUUUUGCCAGGAUGAACCAGAGAAGUGGUCUGCACGAGGCCAUGAGGCACUUGAAGCAGAGAACUUGUCUCUUGCUUGCCAGUGCUUUUCGUUUUCUCUGCUAUUUUGUCCCAGCAAGAAUGCAUCUUUGCAGUCCAGACUGUACGCUUGGAGAGCGGAGGCCAAUUUCAAAAUGGAUAAAGUUGCUGAAGCACGUAAAGACAUCACCCGUUGUAGAAAAAUUGACCCAACUUUAGCCAAGGUUUGUUUCUACUGCUAAAUUUAUUUAGUUUUUCAUUCCAAGGUUAAUCAGUCCAUAAUUUGCCUUUUUGUUAUUGUAUUAUUGUUAAGCAGGCAGAUGCUUACAUGUGCCUGUAUGCUGUUUUUGAAGUGGUAUCACUUAUAUGUAGAUAACUCUUUUGGGCUGCAAUCAAGAUUAGUCAAGGGCCUGACCUUGCCUGAGCCACUAAAAAUUCAAGGAAACUUUCUUGAUUGGCUGCUAAGCACUGGAGUCAAUUGUUAACCCAGCUUCAUAUGGCCAAUAUGGAAUCCUGACAGCUGAUAUACUCCCCAUCUAUAAAUCCAUUAUACGAGAGAUUACCAAUGACAUUUUUUUUUUAUAGCAACAAGGCCGACUCAAGAAGGAACUAGGAGUGCAGCUGUAUCAAAUCCACAGUUAUGGUAAAGCUAUUGUCUCCCUUGGACUUGCAAAAGAGUUUAUACCACACUCAAUGAGUGAGGUUCUUGCACAAGUACAUAGCUAUUUGGCAUCGUGUCAUUUUAGCUUGAGACAGUAUCCUCAAGCUUUAGAAGCUGGGAAAGAAGCUUAUAAGAUCAGACCAGGAAGAUCCCAGGUGUGUGUUUUAUUCCCUUCAAAAAUGGGGACAAAAAUUUAGGAAUUUCUUUUGGUAAUAUCUGAAAAACAUAAAUAGCACUGCCCAAAAGUUCUGUGGAGGUGGCUUCAUUUGAGUGUUAACAGCAUUGGAUUUGUCCUUAGGUUUAAAAGUUAAGUGGCCAGCCAUCCCAUCACAGCCUGUUCUGCGAGUGAAAGGGUCAAGGCAGUAAUGUCUUCCCUUUGUGGUGACUUGGUGUGCAGUGGUGAUGAAUCUGGGUAUUUAUUGCUCACAUUAAUUACCUAUUGAAGGGGGCUUACCAAAGACCUCUUUCAUAAUCGGGGUUUAUUUAUGUAUUGUUAUAAAGGGAUAUAAAUGAGCCUUCCUGGUUGUAUUUGAAAGUAAGAAUUCUUUUGAAUUUGACACACACUAACAAGGUCAGAAAGGCUUAAAUUAUCAUACAUACAAAAGAUUAUAUUAAUAGGCCACCAUUAUGAAAGAGGUCUAUCAGUCCGAGAUGGGUAGCCAGACCAGUCUUGUUGUAAAGAGAAUUUCACUGAUAAUCAGGAUAAUCUGGUCAGAUCAGUCUUUUCUUAGAUAGUAUACACAGCAGUAAAGUACUCUCAAGACAAACUCAAAGUGGCAGCAGUUCUGGCUGGCCAGUUGUGACUUUUGGUAAGCACCCUAAGUUACACACAUGUGCUGGAAAUUCACUGCAUAGAGGUAAACAAGUGUUAAAAACAGUAAUUAAAUAAAACUAGAGGAUUGUAUCCAUAUUACCUUGUUGCUUCUGUGACAAGUAAAAAAGGAGCAAUUUUUGUUACUAGCAUUCAGGUCUUAUGCUACCCUGUUCUUUGUAGACUGAGGCAAAGAGGUGGAAAGAAAGAGGCAAACAACUUUUUAAAGAAAACAGAUUUAAUCUUCUUGUGGAGUGCUAUUCUCUAGCGAUCAACUAUGCUCCAACUAGUGACCGAGAGCUCCUGACUCAGUUGCUUUGUAAUCGUUCUUUGGUUUACAUAAAGAACAAAACUUACAGAGCAGCACUGUUGGAUGCAGAGCAAUGUGUCAAGAUAAGGCCAGGCUGGUCAAAGGUAAGCUUAUGAGCGUCGGGCUUCAGGAACCAGACAGGGUACUCAAUGAUGGCUUCCUUCUAAACACGUGUACACUGAAAACACUUUUUAGGCUGUUCCAGAUUCCUUUUAGAUCUCUAGAAAUGCAUUCUAAGAGGCACUUUAAAAUUUGUAUCUGUUUGGUUAUCCUAGGGGAACUUGAGCCUUUUAGAAAAUUACAAGGGCAGUAAGUAAUAUUUUCCUGAAAUACAAUUUAACAUAUUAAAAAGCGAGAAUUUUCCUGAUUUCUUUCUCCAUCACAUUUUUGAACCUGAAAGUUUUAGGUUUCCUUUUUUUAUUUUUACAAAAAAUAGCCUAACCUGGGAAGUGAAAUGUGAAAAAUAAUUUUAAACUUCAGAAAAUCAUAGGGAAUUUAUCAGAUAAGCUUUAAAAAUAUUACAUGAAAGGAACGAUCAUCUAGGAAUUGAAAAUUAUAGGCAAUGUUUGAUUCUCCGAACAGAUAUUUUACAGAAAACAGUUGUUGAUCAAGACAAUCAAGGUCAGAUGUAACAGCAAAUGCCCAGCCUGAAAAUAUAAGAUUGGAUGGCAUAUUCAGAAAGAACGAGAUAAAAGCCCCCUUUGCCAAAAAUCAGCCUUUUUUUAGUGCAAAUUGGCCAGGAAUUAUAACCACCUUUUUGCUCUGAUGACUCCAUACAAAGCCCUCAAAAAUUGGCUCGGAUCAAAAUGUUAAUGAUCCAGGCCUAUUUUUAUUUGAAUUCUGUCAAUUAGCACAAUGAGAGACAGUGGAGUUAUAAUAAGUGAUAAGAGUGCAUAUUCAAGAACAUGGAUUUUUCCAUCUUUAACCUUGUCAACUGGUUCGUGGGUCAUGUCCUGUAUAGCCAUCCUCAUACAACAAUCCCUGAAUACUUGAUUUGCCCAUACUGUAGUUUACUUUUUAUUACAAAAUUAUUUUUCUUGACAUGAUCAGUCCUUAAAUCCCCUAUGUUAAAAAAAAAAUUGCUGCACGCAUUUUAAGUAACAUGUUUCUACUUUGCGACUCAUGCAGGCUCAUUACCGAUUAGGAUCAAGCUUGGCUGGCAUGAAGCGUUAUGAUGAUGCUAUGGAUUCCUUUGCUCAGGCUCUUGAAUUUGCGGAUACAGAAGAUGAAAAGUAUGACACACUUUUGCAGAUUAUUAGCAUUGGCAAUGAAGCAGAGGGUAGGUGUUUAACAGUGCUUCAGUCAUUAAAAAUGUGGUAGAAAAUUGAAGGACUUUAGUCCUCCUCUUAAAAAUGUGCUUCUCAAUUUAUCUAAAUCAUUGAUGCAGUCAUAAUGGAACAAAGUAACCGAAAAUAACAAAAAUACAGAAAAAGGGAUAUGUGUGCUAUUAUGCUACCCAUACUUUAAGUGGAUGUUAUACCAAAUACAACUGUAAUGUCAAGUGCAAGUUGUAUUCUGUCUUGCCCUGUCUCUGCUACUUCUAAAAUAAUUCCAUUUAUAGUUAAACUGUAAGUCACAGUGUACAGUUAAGGUUAAAAGUUGAAGACAUGUAACACAAUUGGAAUAAAACUACAGUAUCUCCUUCCCCUUCCUUCCCUUCCCUUUGCCAGACAGGAUGAGAUGAAAAUUAGAGUAAUCCCUAAACUGUUACUUGCAUACACUAGCCUGGUGCAGUCAAGUAAGUCUACCACCAUCUACUACGAAAAAAUGUAAAGAAGGUGGUGGAGCAAACAUUUCAAACCUUAAAGUCCUGUUAGAAUGGACUUGGAAUGUGCAUAUUUGUACAGUCUGUAAAAUUACAUUCCUGGUAGGUGGUGCUUGUAAACCAAAUGUGGUCCUUGAAAAGUUCUUAAAAAAUUGGUUGUAAUUUUUUGUAUGAACCCUGUUUGAUGUAUGGUCCCUUUUGUUUCUUAGAUGGAACAGCAACCAUUUAUGAAGGAUUGUGUCCACAGCACAUUGUUCAGAGAGCAGUAGAUGAUGCUAUAGCCAAAGGAAACUGGGAGAGUCUCCAUGUGCUGUUCCUGGGGGGUGGGGGACCCUAUGAUGCUUGCCCAGGAGAAGGAGGCCUUGCUAGUGGGUGUGAUACCUCUGGAGUUCCCCUUGAACUUGUCAUAUCAUCUAAAGUAGCGGAAAAGAAGGAUCUUGUGUCUGUCUUGUUGGAGUUUGGGGCGUGUGUCAACGGUCUUGCUGUGUGUGAGAAGCGCCCCCUCUUAGCUGCACUGGAGAUGGAAGAAUUUGAGAUUGCAACAAGGCUGAUCCAGGAGGAAGCUCAAAUGGGCUGUGUGGAACACCAACCUCAUCUGCAAACUAAGGUCAUGAUUUAUUAAGAAUAAGACUUGUCCCCUCUCAGGGAAUACUGUAAGUAAGCAUUUAGGGAAAUUUUAAUCACAACCUUAUGCAUAAAUAGGAGUGGACCAAACGAUAAGCAGAUUGCAAUAUUAUUGCCAAUUUCAGCUGUGGCUGGUAACUAUAAGGGCUCAAUUAGCAUAUCAAUUGCAAUAUUAUUGCCAAUUUCAGCUGUGGCUGGUAACUAUAAGGGCUCAAUUAGCAUUUGGCCACUUAAGAAUUCUAAGGAACAGAUAGAAAUAGUUUGGUUAGAAAUUAAUCCUUUUGCCACAGCAACUGCAAAUGUAAAUGUGAAACAUGUCUCCGAGACUAAUAGAUUCUGAGAAAGACUCUCUAAUCACUGUGUUUAUUUGACAUUACUCACUGUCAGUACAUGCGCAAGGUCUCUGGUGAGGUAAAUUAUUCCAUUAGAGCCCCAAAUAGUCAAAUUUAAUAACAUAUUACUGCUCCAACCUUGGGAAAGUGGAUCAAUUUGCAUGCUUACAAUCAUUAAAAUGGCAGAGUUUGUUCCUGGUUCAAUUUAUUGGUACAAGCCUGAUUGUAAAUCUUAUGUUUGGUAUUCCAAUCACAGGGUCAUUCCUUAUACUGGAAGAAGCUAGCAAGUAAGAUGACGAGAUGUGGAAAUGAUUCCAAAGCUUGGCAUUAUUACAACUUGGCUCUACAAUGUUCUCCAGUAAAAGCUGCUGAGCUGAAAAGGGAAUGCUAUGAAGCAUUGUCGGAUAUCUGUUUUAAACGUGGAGACUUUUCCCAGUGCAUUGAAUAUGGCAUUAAAGGUUAUACUGUUAAAGCGGAUAAGAAUGAGGUGAGAAUUCAUUUGCUGUAGUGAACACAAGUGAUUAACAUGUACCAAUACAUGUUGCUACAUAUCAUUCUUGUUUUGCUUUAUAUGCUUGGUAUAUUUGGGCUUUAAGAAAACUUAGAAGAGUUAAUUAUCUAAAACAUACAUUGCAUUUAUUGUUGGCAACAUUGACUUAAAGUUCUACAAGCUGAAAUGUAGAAUAUAUUGUUUUUCUUCAGCAAGAGUUUGUGUAUUACUGUAUACUGUAAUGUUUACUUGCCUUGAACUAAGCAUGUUGUGUGUGAGUCAGAUGAGAGGCGAGGGCUUUCAACAAACUGUGACUGAUGAAGCUUCAAUCUGUUGUAAAAACGAGAUAUAAGAGAGAUGUAAGAUACUGAUUUUUCUUUCCGCCUUCUGAAGCACAGGUGUUUACUGGGCUUUUCAAAAACAUGCAAACUCUGAAGUUCAAAAGCCAAAUGACAUUUGCAUUUUUCCUUGCCAUCAAUCAUCAUAGCAAGCCUCUUAGGAAACAGAACUUUAUUCAAAUGGGUUCAAAAGGUCAUGGUCGUUGCUUGUGAUCAUAGUUAUGAUUUACAGCCGUGAAAAACGCAAUUGUGAAGGCUGCUUUUGUGCUUUAGAGUUUGUUUCUGAAAAGUGCAGUAAACUAGACAUACAUAAGCUUGUGGAAUACACUGGAAAGAUUUUGGUUGUGAAUUUUUGUACCAAAACCCCUAGUAUGAAUUGUACUCAUUUGCAUGUCAUAAUAUUGUGAACUAAUGGCAUUUUGCUUUGUGUACACAUGUGCAAAAUUGGUUUAUGCUUUCAAUAGGCCUCUCACUUUCAAAGCAAGGCUAAGUGUGAAACCUCUGUCAGUGUUCUCCCUAAAUUUUAGCUCAGCAGGUAAGGGACAAUUCAUGGCCAGUUAGGGAAAAGAUAUGCACCAGAGCCAUACUUUCCUAGGGGAGGGGAAUAGUGGAGUGAGGGACAUGGCCCUGCCCUCACUGGGAAAGUUAGGAGCUAUGUUCUUUGAAAUGUUAUUCUCUCAUUUUAAAACCUAUUUUAUGCAAAUCGGCAUUGUUAUCUUUAGACAACAAUUUGCCUUUUUUGUAAAACUUUAGAUUCCAAUAAUUUUUCUCUGUCUUCAAUGUUCUCUUUCCAAAUGCAUGGUCCAUAAAAAGGAAAGCUGUGUAGACUUUAGUACUUUUCCAUAUUCAUUCAUUUCCCCGUGAGAAUUGGAUCAGAUCACAACUUGCGUAUUUUUUAAAACUACUUAUUCAAUUUUUAGUAAACCUGUAAGGGGUUGCAGGUGGUAAUUUUUACCAGUUACAGCCUGAUAAGGAGAACACUGCCUUGUUGUGAAAAUGAGUUUUAUUUGCAUAAGAAUAACAAAUCAUUUUCAUAUCAAUGUCUUCAUACUUAGCCUCGCUUUGAAACAGAGGCUAAUAGUAACUCGCAGAUGACCUACUAGGUUUGGUGCUCCCUUUUCUCAUCUUGUUAUCUGUAUGGAUCUUGUAGGAACUAGUACAAAAGUGGAGAGAGCGAGGAAACCAGCUAUUCAAAGACAAGCAGUAUGACUUGGUUAUCAAAUACUAUUCCCUGGCCAUGGAUUAUGUGCAGGUCAACGACAAAUUAAGUGCUGUUUUGCUUAGUAAUCGAUGUGCUGCAUACUUGAACUUGAAGAAGUACGAAAAUGCUUUGAAGGAUGCAGAAAGAUGUGUUCAGAUAGAACCUGACUGGUCUAAGGUACUAUACUUGUUUCUGUCUUGUUUUUUGUAUUGGCUUGGAAAUCUAGACACAGUUGUGCUGCAAGAUUGACGUAGGUAGGCCUUUAUCAAGGUGCCAUGAUUUUGUUCCAGUAACAGGUUGGAGUAUCGACCUUGAGGUUGCUGGUUCAAGCCCUUCCCUUGCCAUCCUGUAUGUUGUAAAUUUUGCUAGGCCACUAAUUAUGGUGGCCAGUAAGUAUUUCUCUCCAGCACGAUUGCAGCAUAAUAUUAAUGUUGUUGACCACUUGUAGAAUGGCAGCCCAUCCAGGGACAAGGAUGGCAAACAUGCUGUAGUUUACACUAGCACUCACAUGCAUUUGUAUUUUCUACUUUGUUUAGAGUUCAUGUGAGUCAUUUAAAAUCAAAGUGUGCACUAAUAUUUAAGUCUGAUUGCUUUUUGUAGGGAUAUUACCGUCUUGGCUCUUGCAUGAACUUCCUCGAUCGUAACAAAGAGGCUUUGAUGUAUUUUUGUGAGGGGCUGAAAAGAGCUGAAACAGAUGAUGACAAGUUUGCUCUUGCAUCACAUGUUGUAAAUACAGCAAUGGAUCUAAAAGGUAUGUGUACUAGAUAAAUAACUAGUACUUUUUGAACAUUUUAUUUCCUUUUGAGAUGUAUUAUGUUUGUUUUGGGGUUGUCAGUGUUUUUUGUAGACAGUCUAAGUAUCCAUGACAGGUUUUUUAUAAUUGACUGUACUUUGGUGGAGACUCCUGUCUGCCACCAUAUACCCACGGGCACAUAGAUACCUGUAUGCCCAGUAUGCAUGUGUGCACCAGAAAAACAAAAUGGAAAAGAAAGCAAGAGAAAAGAAGGUAAAUAAGGGAUAGUUGGGAAAAGAUGCUUUUUCCUAUAUGUCUCUCCUUCAAGCAAGGUUUUUCCUCAUCUUUGGCACAUGUGAAAGUGGUAAUUGCUUCCUGAAGAACAUAGUCUUUGUCAUGCCAGUAAAAAUGGAAAUAUAAGUCACCCUCAUGGAAACGACUCAGGAGAAGGGUUAGGGUUCAUUUGGAAACUGUGACUACUCUCCUUUCUAGCUAUGCCCGUGCAUGCAUUGACGUUUUUCAGUUAAACAGCUUUUGAGUACCUUUGAAGUAAAUUCCUUGUAGAGCUAUUAGUUUACUUAAUUUAAGUCUCCUACUCCUUUCUAUCACCAUUUCCCCACUUCAGGACGAAAUUUCCUUAAUAAACUGUUGCACCAUUGAUAGAUCCAGACAUCUGAUGUACGAGAUUCUAAGCAUCUUGAUUGUUGUCAUUACAUUUGUUCUGUUUUGUAGAGGGAAGUCUAGGAAUAACCUGCCGCAUUCCCAGAGGUACUGUUCAAAAACUGAUUAAAGACAUCUGCUCUAAGAAAGAGUGGGACAAGCUUCAUCUGCUAUUCCUGGGAGGUGACAGCCAACGGUCGUAUGCCAAGGGCCGUGGUGGUGUUGCAACUGGGUGUAAUGCUGUGAUUGUUCCCAUCGAUCAAGUACUGGGUUCAUCGGUCCCAGAUCGUGACAAGUUAAUUGCAGUGCUUCUGGAUCAUGGCGCCCUUGCUAAUGGUCCACAUGGGUGCAAGACUCCGCCAUUGUCUGUUGCCAUGGAGAUGGAAGACUAUUCUAUUGCACACGCACUUUUAAAGCAUGGAGCUGAUCCAGCUGUGAUUCGCUGUUGCAGAGGAACAGCAGCACAUCAUCGUGAGGUGAAUUAACAUACUCUGUUGACUGUAUUGUAAAUUCUGAGUCACAGUGAGUAGUCGCUGUGCAACUACAGAAGUGACACUUGCACAGGAGUAGCAUGUAAAAACUAUCAGUAUAAGACACUGGCUGUUCUCUCCCGAAUUGGUACUUGUGACACCAUGGCACUCAUUAAGUUGUUUUUUGUCAGUUACUGGUAGUUACUGUCAGACUAUUUUAUCAUGAUGUUAGUUAGAUUAGAUCAGAACUCCUGAAUGGCCCAAACCCUACCCACAUAUAAUUACAGUGUAUUAACAGCACUUACAGUGUAAAUGUGCUUUUCUGUCUAUCCUGUAGAACCAAGGUCACUACUGGAAAGAAGAAGGCAUCAAAGCUCUAAGCUCAAGGGACUACAGUAGAGCAAUUAAACUGCUAAAUUUAGCUCUGCACUUUCCCAACAAUCCAGCAGAGCUCAUUUAUGUUGUAAACAACUCUUUAGCAACUGCAUAUUUUGAAACAAAGCAGUAUAUCAGAGCCGUGGAGACGGGAAGAGAGUGUCUCAAGUCUAAGCCAAGAAAAUCACAGGUAUGUUAUAAUUACAAUAGUAGGCCUACAAAUAAUUUUUAUUUUCAGAAAGGACAUACACCUGUACUUGUCAACUGCCGCUUAUAAGCCCUGGGCUAAUACAUCUUCAUAAGGGGUUUUAGGAGGGCUUAUAAACGGAGGGGCCUAUGUCAGAGGAGGUUUAUAACUGGAAUAGAAAAAGCACUUCAAAACAAGCUAUGGCAUUGCUGAUCAAAAUAUGUUUUGCAUUUAUUGGUUAUUAAUUAAGCUUCAAAGCAUCAUUGUGAUUCGAAUUCAUUUCUAUACAUUUGGAGGAGGCUUAUAUUGGGAAGGCACAUAAACAAAUAAUUUUUUUCAUUUGUUGAUGGGCCUACAACUCGGGAAGCGCCAGCCAGGUCACUGUUUUAGUUGGACUAAGCAGUAAAGUUGUUCUAACAUACACUAUGUUAAUUUUUGUGUUUUCUUAAUACAAAGCCCCUUGGUAAUCAUUUUAAUUCUCAUAACAUUUCCUCUUGGUGAUGCAUGGAUAUUGUUAGGAGAACAUUGAUGUUAAAUAGUGGAAUCUUGCUUUCUCCAACCUCUUGGGAAAAAGGAAAUUAUUUUGAAUAAUCAGGAUGUGUUAUACUUUGAAGGGGAGCUGGUUUUGGAUCAGAUUAUCGGAAGUUUUAAUAAACGAAGGAUUUAGGAAAUCAGGAUUCUCCUGUGCAUUGUAGUUUUUUGCUUUAAACACAUUCACAUUACGUGUACUUUAACUUUUGUUCACAGGUUGAAGCCAGUAAGUGGAAAGAGCGUGGAAAGAGACUGUUUUCUGAAAAGGAAUAUGCUGUUCUUGUGGAAUACUACACUCUGGCCAUGCAGUAUGUGCCCAGUACAGACAAAGAGUUCCUAGCAACAUUGCUUUGCAAUCGAGCUCUGGCCCAUUACAAUAUUGGAAAUUACCAACAGGGACUUGCAGAUGCCAAGAGCUGUACCAGAUUUAGACCAGAGUGGUUCAAGGUGUGCCAAAAGUUUUUUUGUUUGUGUUCCAUUAAGGAUUAGAGUGCUGUUAGAUGCUUCUAUUUAUAGUGGAGCGUGUUCUCUAUUCAAAUAAUGUAGUGCUGACAUCGUCAAACAAUAAACACCCAUCGUUUAUUGAAAAUUAAGGUUGCACAGUGCAUUGUAGUAGUUGUUUAGUUUUUCUUCUGUAUCUCAUUGCAAAAUACAAAUUGGUUGGCAGAGACAUCAGAAUGUUUUUUGAUAGGAAGAAGGAAAUACUAUCGAGGGUGGUGAGAUAGAGAAACAAUUGAUAUUCUGUGCCAAUAACAGAUUAGAAUAGGAGCUGAGAUGGAAUGGCAACAUCUCUGUCCUUUUUUACUUGCUCUCAUGUUGUCUUUACAUGACUUCCCCUUUCUAACAUACACUUCAAGUUGUAGGAUGGCCUUCGGCAAUAGUCUUUUCGUAUACUGCAUAGCCUGCUUAUCCUGGGAGUCUCAAUCAAUCGCACCAUCAUUACAAAUAUUUCUUGAUUACACAUGUACCAUCCUGCCUUUGUGCCAUUCCUCUGAGUCUCUGCACAUAACUCUUCAUUUUGUUGUAGUACUCUUUAAUGUGAACAUUUUAAAUAUCGUCUCAGGGCUAUGUGCGACAAGGAUACUGCCAUGCUUGUUUGGAUCAGAACAGAGAUGCUGUUCGAGUGUUCGGUGAAGGAUUGAAAAGAGCUGAAAAUGACGAUGACAAGUCAGCUGUCCUUUCUCAGAUAGUUUCUUUGGGUGUUAAUCUUGCAGGUAAUUCUCAUAACCUUUUUUCUUAAUCACAAGUACAGUGAUAUUGUUGGGAUAAACUCUUGGGACUUAAAAGGGUUUUAGGCCUUGACUCUUCAGUGUAAGAACAGAAUUUUAAAACUUAUCUAUGUUUUUCUUUUUCAUGAGAUGGAACAUCCAGCAUCACCUGUAGUGUCCCCAACCACAUUCUGGAAAAGCUGAUCAAGCAGCUGGUAGAGAGGAGUGCUUGGGACAAGUUACAUGUUCUGUACCUAGGGGGUGGAGGACCGCAGCGAUACUCCCCAGGGGAGGGUGGCUUAGCAACGGGUAUUGACGCCGCAGAGAUACCUCUAGAGCUUGUUUUUGUGGCUAAUGAGAAGCACCGGGCUCCUCUUGUUAUGGCUUUGUUGGAGAACGGUGCAUCCCCGAAUGGGCUAAAGAAGAAGCCGGAGUCUCCUUUAGAGAUGGCCUUGGAAGCCGAGGAUUAUAACAUGGUGGUCACGCUACUUCAGUACGGUGCCGAUUCAUCCUGUCUUGUGACCAAAGCUGGAGACUCACUUCUGCAUGAAGCCAUGAAGCGGCUGCUCACAACAGGUGUGUUAACCUCUCUCAGCACAAGAAGGGAUUCCUUAUCCCUGUUAAUUUGCAGCUGUUACUCCAAGCUACAUAGGCUGCAAUUGCCAUGAAGAUGUUUAUGUUUCUGUUUUUUUUUUUAAUAAUUGGUCUUGCUUCAGUGUAGUAAAAGAAGCACAUUAUAACAGUUAGUACAUACAAUUGAAGCCUUGUGUUUUUGCAUAUCACUCUACUAAAAAAAUGAGCAUUAUUGUGUGAUUCAUAUGUUGCUGGGUUCUAUUAACAAAUUAUCGAAAGAGACUUUUGAAGAUCCGUUAUUUUCUUCCUCAGGGAACUACGGAUUUCUCCAGGCCUUGCUUGACUCGGAUUUGUUCGAUCCUGACGUGGUGGAUGGCAGUGGGAACUCUCUCUUCCAUUUGGUGGCUUUUGGCAAGUGUUCUAAACGAAAAUGCGAUAUGGUUGAUGUUCUGUUAGAAGCCGGAGCCAAUCCAACACUGAAGAACGCAGAUGGCAAGAUCCCGGUGGAUUUCCUUAACAAGAAGGACCCUCGUGCGCGGCUCAUCAGGGCAGCGACUAACUCUUACAAGAGUGGCAAGAAGUCUGGUAGUGCAAAGAGAAAGAAAAAAAUUCUGAGGAAGCCUGACAAGCCUCAGCAGCAGGUUAGUACAGCGCAUGUGCAGGAGGCGGAGCCAGAACCAGAGUGGUGUCAGCUUGUAGAUGACUCCGCACGGGAUGAUGAUGAUGAUAGGGUGGUAAAAGUCAAGGGUAGAGACAAGAAGCCAAUUCCCUCAGCACCGUCUGUGAGGAAGGAUCCUUUGGACAAGUUUCGUGCGAGCAUCGGUGACAUGAUUCACAGCUUAUGCGCUGAGCAGUUUGUGGAAAACGUCGAAGAAGCUGGUGAAGGUGCUGAAGGAAAGCCAGUGGCAGAAGUCAGUAGUGUUGACGCAAAGGAAAGGAAGAAGGAAGAAGAAGGUGUAGGUGAGCUUGUUCCUGAUAUUGAACGUAUCCAAGAUGACGAGGAAGAUGACGAACUAAAUGAAGGAGAGCUUCAACUGGAUCUGGAGUCUCCAUUUGAAGAUCUGCCUUGGGAGGUUGACUGCACAGACCAGUUCUGGAAGGCGCUGCAGAACACCAACGUUAGCGACGUCUUGAAGCGUCGGAUCGUGUCCCGAAUUCGCAUGCUCGCAGAAGGGCGUUGGACCAGAAAGCUCUGCAGGAGGAUUGACGGCUUACCUAAAAAGCACAACAUUAUGCUGUUUGAGGCAAAACUGACAAAGACGUCUCGGAUAAUCUGGGAACUGACAGUCGCUUUCUCGGCCAAAUGUAGCGACGAUCCAGAGUUGAGAGUACAAGCUGAGACAACUUCAGGAAGGGUUUAUUCUGAGAUCAUCCGAGUUUGGGACGUGGCCGCAGACCGAGAUGCACUUUUGAAGAAAGUGGAAAGUAUUGUGAAAUCUCAUGAUCGAGGACUGAGCUGCAUUGUGAAGAAAGAGCUGUCUGGUUUCAGAAGAGGCGAUGACAAAGUGAAAAAUACAAGUGGUGAACGGCUCCCAAACUUCUUUGUUGAAGUGGGAGAAAAGGUGACGGAGGUUUCCUAUGAGAAAGCGUCAAAGGCUGUGAGCGCCCAAGUGAAAGGUAGCUCAUCACAGUUUUUUUUUCCUCCCGCGAGUCCAAAUGAUAUGGAGUACCAUAUUCUCAAAUUUUAUGCCUUUUCUUCGGCUUUAAUAAAUACUGUUCUUCACAACAACCAGGCAGUUAAAGUGGACUUCCCCUUUAGAGUUACUGAACUGGAGCAUGCAAUCAUCAACCUACAUCCCAGUCAACCUUGCCCUAUUAUCUUGCUUGGCCGCAGUGGAACUGGCAAAACAACUUGCUGCUUGUAUAGACUUUGGAACGAAUUUCAGUCUUACUGGGACAAGGCCAUAACAGCGGGUCCUCACAUCCCUAAACUCGUGCAGUUUUUACCCAAAUCUGAAGCAAGCAGAGGUUGUACAGUUUGUGAUGAGCAAGAGGAAUUGUUCUGUGAGGCAGAAAGUUUCAAGAAAGACCGAGAUGGAGUGGCAGAGAAAUCUUCAUCGUCUGAGGAAUUUGUUCGUGCUAAAGAUGCGCGGCGAAAAGACUAUGAGGAAGGCGAUGAUACUGUGGAACUGUCUGAAUUCGAGGAACACAAUAAACAGGAAUACGAACACCUACAUCAAGUGUUCAUCACAAAGAAUCCAGUACUUUGCACUGAAGUCCAGAAAAACUUUUCUGAGCUCAGCCACGCUUGUCCCGCAGCAAGAGAACAUGUUGAAAGCGAAGACACGCCGUUGCCUUCAAGGAUUCAAGAUAUCGACGACGCGGCUUGGCCCCUGUUCAUCACGUCUCGUGACUGGCUGCUCUUGUUGGAUGCUUCGCUUCCUGGUUGUGAGUUCUUCCCUCGCGCUGAUGAUGGUAGUCUUAUGAGAAAGAUCUAUGGUUGGGGAGAGGAGGAGACUCAUUUAGUAGCCAUUGAUGAAGAUUCUGAUAGUGAAGGUGAGGAGCGGGAAGAAGCUGCAGCUUAUGAGCAAAUGGAGGAUGUUGGCCCUGGAAGGCAAGAUUUAAAGAACUUUGACCCCAGACGAGAGGUCACUUAUUCCGUGUUUGUAUCCGAACUAUGGCCCGGGAUGACCAAGAGGCUGAAGGCCCAGUACCACCCCACCCUUGUCUGGACUGAGAUCAGGUCGUUCAUUAAAGGAUCUAUCGAGGCCUUGCAUACAGAAUGCGGCUACCUUAGUUCAGAGGAGUAUUGUGAACUUGGACGAAAACGAGCACCCAACUUCUCCGCCGACAGAGAAGUUGUUUAUUCGCUGUUUCGUAUCUACCAGCAGAUCAAAUGUUCUUUGCGGAUGUUCGACGAGGCGGACGUAGUGCAUCACAUUUACAACCGGCUGCUGCAAAUCCAAGUGCCUGAGUGGUCCGUUCAUCGCUUUUACGUUGACGAAACACAGGAUUUUACUCAAGCUGAACUGUCAUUGUUGAUCCGCUGCAGCCGUGAUCCUAAUGGACUUUUCUUCACGGGCGAUACAGCACAGAGCAUCAUGAGGGGAAUCGCCUUCCGCUUUAAUGAUCUCAAGUCUCUGUUCUUUUACUCGCAGCAGUCUUACCAAGCACUUGGUUUUCAGUCAGGGGUUCGUGUGCCGAACAAACUUUAUCAGUUGACUCACAACUAUCGCUCGCAUGCAGGUAUCUUGAAGCUGGCCUCGAGUGUUGUAGAUCUCCUACUGUUUUACUUUCCUGAGUCAUUUGAUCGUCUUGAGAAGGAUCAAGGCUUAUUCGAAGGACCAAAGCCUGUUCUUUUAGAGUCGUGCAGUUUUGGUGAUCUGGCUAUGAUACUAAGAGGAAACCGUCGGCAGUCGUCGAGGAUUGAGUUUGGCGCUCAUCAGGUGAUUCUUGUUGCGUCGGAAGAGACUCGUGCUAAAAUGCCGGACGAGUUGAAGCAAGGAUUGAUUCUGACUAUUUACGAGUCCAAAGGAUUGGAGUUUGACGAUGUCCUCAUUUACAACUUCUUUAAAGAUUCACAGGUGAGCAUACCUUAAUGUACUAAAAAUUUGGAUGGACUGAGUUUGGGUUUAAUUUGUACCGUUUAGAUCCCUUGAAAUUUAUAUCGUUGAUUCAAAAUGAUAUACACUAUAACUAGCGUAUGUCUUGUGUACUGCUCUAUGAUUAAUGAAGCGUUCGCUUACCUCGUAUCAGCGAUGCAAUAAAUGAGCUGUUAGGCGUGAGUUUUGCAUUCAGGUUCGUGUGCUGUUAGUUUAGGAUUUUGUUCCUUUGUAUUUUCACAAGUUGACUUGUCUCUUCUAACUUGAACAACCGAAGUCUUCCUUUGUAAAUAAUCUGCACCAUACAAGGCGAUUCGAGUCAGAAACUGGUCCCGUCCGCAUGAAGCAGGCGCCUGAAUAAUAGGCUCUCGCGCGGCUGAAGUGGAACACGUUUCUGUCUCCGGUCGCCAACUUUGCCACGUCCUAAGUUAUACAAUUUUUCAUCAACCGCCGAAGGAUUAGCUCUGUUGGUAGAGCGCUGGGCUACAGAGUGGGAGGUCACGGACCAAUACUCAUUUUCUGAAAAUAAUUGAGAAAUGAAGGUACUCCCUUUGCACUGAAAGCGGCUAGACCUCGGAUGGCCACGUAACUGGAGACGGAAAAAUAGUGUCCCCAAUUAGCGAUUUCGUGCUAAAUACAUUGACACUCAAAGUGCAUUUUAAUUUUCUUGUGCGUAUAGGCGAAGAAAGAGUGGCGAGUUGUAACGACCUACAUCAAGGCCGUGGCAGAAGGCAAGGUUCCCAAUACCACAGGGCUGAUAGAAUUGACAGAAGAUGAACUGGUCACGUCAACCCGCCCGCUGCAGUUUGACAUGGACAAACACAAAGUGCUCAAUUCCGAGUUCAAAUUCCUGUACACCGCUAUUACUCGCGCCAGGGUCAACGUUUGGUUUUUUGACGAGGACGAGGAAGCGCGGGCGCCAAUGUUUGAGUAUUUUCAAAAGCUGAGCCUCGUUCGGGUGAUACGCAUGGCAGGCGAGCCGAACGAAACAGAGCAGCUGACCAGUAUGUUCGUGGAGAAGUCGACAGAAGCGGAAUGGUCGCAGCAGGGGCACUACUUCUACAACAAGGAGCUUUGGGAGGUGGCCGUCAAGUGUUUUAACAUGGCUGGUGAUGCGCUGAUGAUAAAGAAGAGCCAAGCGCAGUUGCAGGCUGCUGAAGCCGCCAAACUCAAGGCAAAUCCUAAAGUGAUGAGGGCACAGUUCUUAAAGGCUGCUGAUCAGUUUUUACAGUGCGCCAUGUUGGAUGAAGGGGCAAAGUGUCUGCACAAUGCACGAGAGAGACUGCUACUGGCCAAACUCAACAGGAAAUUAGGAAAGGUAUUUGUACGUCUGCUACCUACACCAGUAUAAUUAGUCUUUCAAUAUAGGAGCGUAGAGCCAAUGUGUUGGCAUCACGGCAUUUUGAAGGUCCUAUUUGUUGGAAUUCAAUGUUUCUAGCGAAUGUAGACUGCCAAAGGGGCCCUACAAACCAAUCAGACUUUGAUAUAUUCGACCAAAACAGAUUAACUUUCAUUUGAUGAUCACACGAGUGAAAUCCUACUUGUGAGACCCCUAAUUCUAAUUUGUGUCUAUGCCGCGCAGGAGAACGGCUUGAAUUUUUGACGUAUAAUUUUUUUUGUAUUAAUUUGUCUUUUUGACCAUCAUGAGGGCCUGAUGAUUUCGUGGGUGAGAUUGCAUUACAGACCUACAGUUUCUAUAUGCGUGGACCAGUGCUGUUACCACCGCUCCUCUGCGAAACGAAAAAGUUCCCUGAAAUUUUAAGUCUCCAUUGUUUGUUUAUUUGUCCUUUUUAGUUUGAAGACGCGGCCAGGCAGCUAAGAAAAGAGCGUCAUUUCUUGGAAGCCAGUGAGUGUUACGAGAUGAUCAACGAUUACCACCAAGCAGUAGAAGCGCUCUGCCAGGGUAACCUGUACGAGGAGGCGAUAGACACCUUGCAGCGCUACAAAAGCCUUGUGGGUGUGGAGACCGGCAGAGGAGGAGUACGCCCACCUAAGGAGUCACGGACAGUAGAGCGGUUAUGUCAUCAGCUAGCUGAGGAACACUUCAGGUGGGUUGUUAUGCACCAUGUGAGUAGAGCCCGUUUUUCUCUUCUUUAGUGGGGGAGAUAAAAAGAAGCUCUGCCUGAACCGCGUUAAGCCUUUGAGGUCACCACAGCCCGAACUUCCAGACUAGUCAAUCUUGUUCUCUAUCGUCGAACUGGUUUUCCGAGUGCGAGAAUCAGGCAAGGUUAUUUGGUAGAGCACUUUCAUGUAACUUAAAUCCGGGGUUCCUUCCUUCCCUCCCAAAGCAAUAGUCUGGUUCUUAAUAUUACGGACACCUUUCCAGAGAAGAUCACUUCAAGCUGGUCAUUUUUCGUAUUGGUUCCCUACUUCAGAAAUGUCUAUUGACCGAUUUUUGCUUACGUUUUUACCUGUUUCAUUUCAGCUGUGGUCGUCUUGAAGAGAUGGUUUUAGUACUGGAGCGCCUGCCAUCAGCAAGUGACCGAAUCCUAUUUCUGGAGAAUCACGGGUGCGUCCAGGAAGCUGUGGAGGCCCUAAUAAGCGAAGGAAGGUACACUGACGCUGGCAAUCUUCUGCGAAAGAACGGAAGGUUCAUUGAGGCAGCCAAAUUUGUGCACCGGAAGAACUUUGCCGCAGAAUGCUAUCUCGCUGCGGCUCGCUGUCUUCAGAGGCAUGCCUACAGCGCUGAGAAGUUUGAGUUAAUCGAAGGACCCGCCGAGACGGCUCUAGAGUUGUUUGAUGAUUGUGAUGACAAAAACGGCGAAGCGGAAUGCCUUCUGGUGUUAGCCAAGCUUAACAGAGAUGCGGACGAUGCUGAGAGUGCCCGGGAACUCUUCAGUAAAGUCAACAACAUCUGUGGCGAAGCAGACGCAUGUCUUACGCUCUUUGCCAUAAGCAACGGAGACUCUUCGCAUGCUGGUUUAUCCGACUUUCCUAAUGUGUUUAUUCGUGGCCUUGAUAAGGUGUUUGGUCUUAUUUUAGCGCUGAACAAGCCCCAAAACACCGUGGCUGAGCUGCAGAGCGUAGAAAUAUGUGAGAGAUACUUUGGUCUGCUCAAAGACGAUCAAGCGGAUGCGAGAUGCGCCUUCUUGAAUAGCGGUAGUCUCUUCGUUUCUGAUGUUCCUUACAGACCGGCUGAUGUUAGAGGCAAUAAGUUAGUCGUGGACGUAGGAGUAGCACGAGGGCGUAUUUCAAACUAUUUAUGUAACGUGGCCCGCCAGUUAGCGCAGAACAUUAAUGAUAGUCUUGCAGUGAAGGUCCGACAUCAUAGUGUUUGUGGAAGAUUUCAGAGGGGAAUGACCUGUGCCACUGAAAGAUGUGAUCUUGCUCAUGCUUCAUUAUCCACGGAGGUGUUUGAAAAGGUCUUCCAUUUUCUGUGCCAUCGGAUUCAUGUCAACGCCCUUCUGCAGUCCUUUGUGACUUCCAUUUCCCGCUUCGAUUCUCAAGGGCAAUUUUCACGAGCGCUUCUCGCUAACAAUAUAGGGGACUUCCGAGCAUGCCAACUGCUGUACGAUUUACUCUUUCCGAGGAUGGGCUUGCACGUGUCCUGGCUUAACAAAGAGCAUGUUCGUGUCAUUCGCAAACAUGCUGUGAUCAGAGAGGGGUUGUCAAGGUAUGCGGAUUUCUUAUGGAAGACCAGUAACGACACUCAACGGCGACAGAACACUGAUCGGUUUAUGGAAGUGUCGCGAAUCCUUCAUCUUAUCGGAUAUCACGGUAAAAUUGCUGCCCUGCUUUCCGUGGAGGAGAAGACGUUUGUUGAAAGAAAUGUUACUUCACCUUGUGAUAGUAUGCUACUGGACAAGCAAACCGGAGAGUACAGCAGUUUUUUCAGACUCUUGAAAGAUGGCACGCGUGUACUGCAUGUUUAUGGGGACAUUUUGAACAGUGCGUUCUUCAUUAUUCGAAGAUUUACGAGCUUGGUUGCAUGUAGAUCUUCCAUCCCAUUACCAUCCCUCGCUAAUGCAAGUGCCAUCUUUGAACACCAGCUGGUCGCCUGCUUGACACUGUUCGCUCGUUUGUUCAAUGAAUACGAACAUCCUGUCUGCCUUCCGGAGAGCUAUCUUCGCCUGAUCGACCUCUGGGAUGCUGUUUACGGCAGCGAUAAAUUCCCCAGCUUGUACAGCAUCGUAGAAGCUAGUGCUUCGAAAAUACCUCCGUUCAAAGGAAUCUGCCAAGUGCAGCGUUUGCUUGAAUGCAUGGUGCAGCUUGUUUCGGGUCAAGUCCACCGCCGCUUUAACCUAAUUAACAGUGCAUUCAGUACGAAAGCUUUAGAGCGCGUGCAAUCUGGUGAGACAGAGAGAGUCUUGCUCCUAGCCAUGACAAUGUUGUGUAACUACGGCAGAGGGAUUCCACCUCCCUGUGGCCUGCUUAUUGAAGCGCUACGGGGUGUCAACGUGCACGCGUUUUUGCCAUACCGUGUGCAGAAAGCGCUGGUGGCGUUGCAGGCUGCCGACGGCGUCAAGGACGUGGUUCUGGCGCUGCAGCGGCUUCUUUACGAGAGAAACGAACGGUUGUUUGCGGUUCGUUGGUACAACCGCCGGCUGUGGACCGAUGAAGUGAACAUGUCUUCUUUUACGCAGUCCUUUGUCAUGGGAGCAUCUCCUUGGCAAUUUCAAGAAGCCGUUGCAGGUGAACCCCCAGCGGAUAUGUACUUACCACCAGAGUUUCAGAUGCCCACUGGUUACUUGGAGGAGCAGAGAAGGGAACGUGCCUUGGAAUCGGCGCGUCAAGCUGCCGCCGUCACCAUUCAGCGUUGGUACAGGCAGAUGCGAUGCCAGACACGCAAGUCUUCGCCCGUGCAGCCUUCCCACUCGGUCGAAUCUUAUUUUGAGCGCUUCAAAGCAGACGUCUCCGCGUGCAGUGUGUGCAAUGUGCAAUUCAACCACAACACGGGUGAGACAUACAGAUCGCACACUCAGCCCGGCAGCUCUCACUGGCAAAUGCUGCAGCAGUUCAACAUCUACAAGCAACUGUAUCUUCACAAGAUAUGGCCUCUGUUCGUUGCCGAGAGAGAGCUAUGCGAAGAGCUGAAUGCCUUGUCUGGACAGAGGCUGGGUUCGCAUGACUUCGGUCUUGACGUACAACGUUUGGAACACAUUAGUGCACGCGUUGGAGAUUGCAUUCGGGAUAUCGAGUCGUGCUGCAAGUGGGGCGAUACUGGACGAUUAAUGCAUGAAGUGAACACGCUAGAAGGUACUAUCAUGGAAGUCAAGGGGAUUGUGCAACAAGGUAAGAUUUAGGCGUAUUUUAAUGCCGCUUGCCCCUCGCGCAGCAAGAUGAAGCAGAUCCUGUUUUCUUAGUGGUUACUCGAGCAGGUUAGAUAGGCCUAUUUUGCUCCGCAAGAAAAUAAUUCAUGUGAUUCUUUUGGUCACAAUAAAUCAUUUAUAGCCCAAGGUUGUCCAGUCAAGAUGUCUUGGUAUUUUUGUGUUAGAUCGCCAGUGAAGAUUUUUUUGCGUCUUGUAUUCUGGCUUAUUGCACAACAGCCACAGUCCCAUUGAGACAUCUCAAUAUUUGUUGUAGUUAUCUAGGAGAUACUCUUCAUUAGAUAGGCCAGAUAAUGGCACAGAGCAAAUCUAAUGCUAAUGAGCUAAACCUGCUGUUCUAAACAAGAUAUGUAAGUUAACCACUGUUUUUAGUAAGAAAAAAGAACGUACCAUUGGUAUGACGCCUUAACCAAGUUUAAUACGGGAGGCUCCACUCCGAGUUGCAACCCCUCCAACCAUGGGCUAUAGGUACUUAACAAAGUUUUAUCCGGGGAGGCUCCGCCCCGAGGUCCAACCCCUCCAGCCGUGGGCGAUAGGAGACCCUGGCGGGUACUUAACAAAGUUUUGUACGGGGAGGCUCCGCCCCGAGGUCCAACCCCUCCAGCCUUGGGCGAUAGGAGACCCUGGCGGGUACUUAACAAAGUUUCUUAUGGGGAGGCUCUACCCCGAGGUCCAACUCCUUACCCCUCUAUGUACCUCUUUUUGCAGAAAAGGUACCCCUUUUGUAUACCUUCCAUUAACAAUGGUACCCCUCUCUCAUAGCUACUUUAGAACUUUACAUCCCUUUUAACCGCUGUUAAUGCACUGUCUUUAAGAUAUGAAUUAUCCUCAAACCACACGUUUUCUAGACCUUUUCACAGCCAUAAAAUGCAUCCGUUAGUCCUUGACAGAGUUCCCUACCCUUUCAUAUGCCUGAAGCCUGUUAAAGGUACCCCUUUUGGGCGGAGCCUUCCCGUAAAGGCUAUCGUAGGGAGUACCCCCGGGGGGGCAUGACCAACCCUUACCAUUUCCCUCUCUUAUUCAUAGACCUACACAAGAUGCGCGAAGCUGAUGACAAGGCGGAAAAACGCGACGACUUGCAAGAGACUGAAGAUUACGGCGACGAAGAAGACAUCUUAGAUCUGCGUAUGCCGAAAGAAGGUGGGGCAAAAGGAGGUGGACGAGGAAAGGGCAAGAAGAGAAACCGUGGGAGACGGGCGCCGCGAGACAAGACACGCUUCAGACAGUCUUGACUUAACUACUGUUUUUAAUUAUCUCUUAGGUGGGCCUGAACCAAAAGAGAACAUGUUGCGUUAUUUUUAGAGCUUUUCCCGCAUUAGGCCACGAGUAAGGAUAUACAUGUACGAAAAGGUCCUUGGUUGAUAGUAUUUGGAAAAGGUCAGGAACAAUGUACUAGAUUUGGAAUAUUCUGUUUACACGGUACUCAAUCAGUGUUCGCACACGCACGUGUUGUUGUUUUGAGAAUAUUCUAUGCUGUGCAGACAGUUAUCAUGCCAGAAAUUCAUUAAGGGCAAGCCUUUUGUUUCCUUUGCCUUUGUGAAGGCAAAGUUGUGCUUAGUGGAUGUGGCUCUUAAAGUCUAAAGUGUCAUUUUUAAGGUCUGAGUAUUGUUAAUGGCAAUGACAAAAGAUUGUUACAUUGUUCAGAAAAUGUUAAGAUGCUUUGUUGUCUUGUUGUCUUUAAAACAAUUGGAGAAUAGAUAACUUGGGUGAAAAAAAAGACUUGCAUUAUAAUUAUUGUUCCUGUUGCAAGGUUAUUGUUGUAUAUGUUUGCCUUGCCUCCUUAAGUUUGAGCGGAAGAUGUAAUGAGUGCAGAGUUCAGAAGCCUGUAAGAUUUAUGGGGCACAUGUCAGUGGGAAAUGUAGUUUCCAUUGGAAGUUUCUGUUAAAGUUAAAUAUUUAAGUUGUUUUAUUGACAGG